ACACACACACAGAGGAGGCAGUGUGUGUGUGUGUGUGUCAGAGCAGAACAAACACGGUCGCGCGGACACUCUCGCUCGGCUCUCCUCUUCAGUGACGAAUUUAGCCGAAACGCGACGACUGUGCACUUCGGAAACAGGGAAAGAGGGAAGUUGCAGCCGCGGAGCUCGGGCGUCAUGUUCAGCUGGGUCAAACAGGAGCAAGGUGGACGCAACAAGGACGGAGAGAUGUACCAGACGGUGACGGAGGGACUGCAGAGCCUCUACACCAAGAAGCUGCUGCCGCUGGAGGAGACUUACCUCUUCCAUGACUUCCACUCCCCGGCGCUGGAGGCCGCGGACUUCCAGAGCAAACCCAUGGUACUGCUCGUCGGCCAGUACUCCACCGGGAAGACCACGUUUAUCAGGUAUCUGCUGGAGCAGGACUUUCCCGGGAUGAGGAUCGGACCGGAGCCGACCACCGACGGCUUCAUCGCCGUCAUGUACGGCGAGAACGAGGGCAUCGUCCCCGGCAACGCCCUCGUGGUCGACCCCAAGAAACCCUUCAGGAAACUCAACGCAUUUGGAAACUCCUUCCUCAACAGGUUCAUCUGCUCUCAGAUGCCCAAUCAGGUUCUUCAGAGCAUCAGCGUCAUCGACACUCCAGGUAUCCUGUCAGGAGAGAAACAACGCAUCAGCAGAGGUUAUGAUUUCGCGGAGGUGCUGCGGUGGUUCGGCGAGCGCGUGGACCGCAUCAUUCUGCUGUUCGACGCUCACAAACUGGACAUUUCAGACGAGUUCUCUGAGGCCAUCAGAGCGUUCAAAGGUCAGGACGACAAGAUCCGUGUGGUCCUCAACAAGGCCGACCAGGUGGACACUCAGCAGCUGAUGCGGGUGUACGGUGCCCUCAUGUGGUCACUGGGCAAAGUGAUUAAUACUCCUGAGGUGGUGAGGGUUUAUCUGGGUUCUUUCUGGGCCAAACCACUGCAGAACACAGAGAACAGGCGUCUGUUUGAGGCGGAGUCUCAGGAUCUGUUCCGGGACAUCCAGAGUCUUCCGAGGAACGCGGCGCUGCGUAAACUCAACGACCUCAUAAAGAGAGCUCGUCUGGCCAAGGUUCAUGCUUACAUCAUCAGUUACCUGAAGAAGGAGAUGCCGUCUCUGUUUGGUCGAGAGAAAAAGAAGGAGGAGCUUCUGAUGAGGCUCCCAGAGAUCUACACCAUCCUGCAGAGGGAGCACCACAUCAGCCCCGGAGACUUCCCCAACGUCACCAAGAUGCAGGACAUGCUGCAGCACUACGACUUCAGUAAGUUCCCGUCGCUGAAGGUGAAGCUGAUCGAGUCGGUGGAUAAGAUGUUGGCCACAAAGAUCGCCGGCCUGAUGACGAUGAUCCGCGAGGAAGAGUCCAAGCAGCCGCCGGCCAUGGUGUCGGGCGGAGCCUUCGAGGGCUCGCAGGACGGACCCUUCGGCCACGGCUACGGCGAGGGCAUCAGCGCCGGGGCCGACACCGAGGACUGGAUCGUGAGUCGCGACAAACACCGCUACGACGAGAUCUUCUACACCCUGAUGCCGGUCAACGGCAAGAUCACCGGCGUCAACGCAAAGAAGGAGAUGAUGAACUCGCAGCUGCCGAACUCGGUGCUGGGGAAGAUCUGGAAACUGGCCGACUGCGACCAGGACGGGAUGCUGGACGACGAGGAGUUCGCCCUCGCUCAGCACCUCAUCAAGGUCAAGCUGGAGGGAUACGAGCUCCCCAGCGACCUGCCGCACCACCUGGUGCCGCCGGCGCACCGCAAGAACCUCACGGCAGACGCUCUGUACAACCACGGCGACGACUAGAGCUUUCAGCAGCAGGAGGAAGAGGAGGAGGAGGAGGAGGAGGGGCUUCAGCAGCAGGGUGAGGAGGGGUGUCAGCAGCAGGAGGAGGAGGAGGAGGAGCAGCUCCUUGUCUCUGCUGCUGAUGUUCGGUCAGCAGAAUGACACUACAAAAGGUCAAAGCUCAGUUGUUUGUAAACUGAGGAGCGUCGUCAUGGCGACCACCCAGCAAACAGACUGAGACUAAAUAUUCAGCUUUUAUUUUGGUAAGAGAUUUUAUAUAUAUAAAUAUACAUAUAUAUGUGUGUGUGUGAAAAAAGAAAGAAAUCUGUCCCCGAGUUCAGCUUUUAUUGUGAAAAAGAACAAAUUGCUGGCACUUCCUGAAUAAUUACAUAAAAACGCUAACGCCUGGUGACCUUUGACCUUCAGUACAUAAUCACACACAGACGCUGAAGUCGCUGUUUUUAUUUCAAUGCUAAGAAAAAAAAAACAACUUCAUUUUAACGUCGUUACAGAGUGAGAAUUCUGGGCUUUUAUUCUGAAAAUCACAAUUUGAAAACACAAAAGUCACGUGCUGAGUGACGCCUCUGAUUAAAGGCACAGUUCACAAAGUUACUGUCGUGAACUGUGACCCGGGUCAGAAACCGGUCUGUGCCCCGGGUCAGAAACCGGUCUGUGACCCGGGUUUAAACCGGUCUGUGACCCGGGUUUAAACCGGUCUGUGACCCGGGUCAGAAACCGAUCUGUGCCCCGGGUCAGAAACCGGUCUGUGACCCGGGUUUAAACCGGUCUGUGACUCAGGUUUAAACCGGUCUGUGCCCCGGGUCAGAAACCGGUCUGUGCCCCGGGUCAGAAACCGGUCUUUGACCCGGGUUUAAACCGGUCUAUGACCAUGCUGAACUGUCUCUUUAAUCUUUAAAUCUCUGAAGCAGAGACACAAACCAAAAAGUGUCCACAUCAGAGGACACACAUUUCUCUCUCUGCCUGACCUCUGACCUCAUGCUGCGUUCAAGGGAAAGUUUCUCAGUCGGUGUGAGAAACUUUCCUGAAACAAGUCGAUGCCAAGUUGGUGGGAUUUAAAAUCCACAGCAGGUGGUGUGAGAAUGUGCCUUUAAUGUAGAUGAGUGUUUUCAUUGUUAAUCUCUUCACCUUUAACAAGUGUCCACACUGAUGUCUCAGUCUACCACGUCUUUAUCUCACUGUCCCACACACACACACACACCAAAGUCCAGAGAGAAAACCAGUGAUGUUAGCUGCUGGUCCUCUGCUGCCUCGUGUGGUCACUCUGUGUCACUGAGGCCAAUCUGAAUAAUGCCGAAUAAUACAAAAUAAGACAUUUAAACUUAGUGAUGGAGGCAGCAGUGUGUGUGUGUGUGUGUGUUUCACAGACAGACAGACAGACAGACAGACAGACGACUUUAUUAAUCCCUUUGAGAGGUUCCCUCGGGGAAAUUAACAUGUGACACGUCUGUGUCACAGUGAGAUUUUUGACGUGAACACGUUUAAUCUCACAUCCCUUUAACCACAGUAAGUCAUUUCACACUUUGUUUUUCUUUGAAAAAAAUCAGAACUUUGAUCAAAACAAUCGACGGAAUGUUCCUUUAAUCACAUGUCACAUGUUUGAGGAUUUUAUUUCUGUUCAUAUGACGGGACGUUUUUUGUCUUUGAGGACUCAGCAGCUCUGUUUGUGUGUGCGUGUGUGCGUGUGUGUGUGUUUGUUUGUGUGUGUGUGUGUUUGUUAGUGUGUGUGUGUUUGUUAGUGUGUGUGUGUGUGUGUUUGUUAGUGUGUGUGUGUGUGUGUGUGUGUGUGUGUGUUUUGCUCCCUCUGUUUUCAGUCUUUGAUUUUUUUUCUUCUUGGUUCUGUUGUGAUGAUGAUGAUGAUGAUGAUGAUGAUGAUGUGGCUCCAUGUGUCGUCCUGUCAGCUGAGCUGAACACUAAUAAAGUUUAUUCAGCACGC